GAAUCACCAACGAGUAACAACUAAUUAUCUUCUUCUUCUUUUUUUUUGUUCUUCUCUGUGUUGAAUUUUCUUCGCAACAAUUUAGUUGAUUUAAGUGAUUUUCUCUCUCACUUGUUGAUUUCCUGCGAUUCUCUUAAAUUGUUCCAGUUUCCAAAUUGAUUUCGUUCUCUCCUCGUGAUAAUCAAACGUUUUCGCCUUCGCGCUUCUCAUUUUCUUAAUCAUAAUACUUUGAAUCGUUUUCGGAAUCAGUUUAACUUUCGUGCUAAUUAACUUUCGUUAUCUUUUUCUGUCCAUUUUGGUGUUUGUUUUGUUUUAUGUGUUUACUGAUCAUUUUGUUUUCUUAAUCAUCUCCCUCAGUUGUUGAUUAAAACCAACACUGAGCUUUAAUCUAAAUUAUAAUUUAUGUUGAUCUCAAUUAACACCAAUCCAAUUACCACCAAGAUUUAAUGUCCACUCCUGUUACUGAUUUAAACCAGAAUCCUGUUGAUAGUAAGACUACAACAGGUUUCAAUAGGUUCGAUCAACGUAAUCGGAAAAAUUUACGAACCAUUGGCCAUCGUUUAAUUACAAUUACAUCAAUUUUAUGUCUUUUCCUAUUAAUUUUGUAUAUCAUUUUACACGAACACAAAGAUGAUUCUCAACCACCAUUAGGUGUAUGUUUAACUCAAGGAUGCGUUGAAGCAGCAUCAAUCUUAAUCAAUAGUCUUGACACUUCCGUUGAUCCAUGUGAUGAUUUUUAUCAAUUCGUUUGCGGUGGUUGGAUUAAUGAGACGAUCCUUCCGCAUGGGAAAAAUAGGAUUGGGACAUUAAACAGAAUGCAAGAAAUUGUUAAUAACAAAUUAAGAGUGGAUAUUAAUCAUCUCGCUGAUGGUGGACGACGAUUAAGACGAAACUCCUACGAGACGAAGUUGAUCAACUUUUACAAGACUUGCAUCAAUGUUGAGGCGAUUGAAUUGCGAGCCAAUCAAAUAUUUGUUAAUAUUAUCAAUUCAUUCGGUGGUUGGUUGAACCAAGCCAAAGAAAUUGAUCGAAUUCAGCCCGAUAUUGCCGACAUAAUGUUAAAACUAAAAGAUUUUGGUGCUAAUUUUAAUUUUCUAAUCGCCAUAGAUGUUGGCCCAGAUCUUAAAAAUACUUCCAACAAUAUAAUAGCUAUUGACCAAGCUGAACUUGCUCUCAAACAUAAAAGCCUUUACAUUGAUGAAACUUAUCUGAUCAGCUACACUAGUCUCAUUUACUCAAUAGCAGUUAAGUUGGGCUAUGAGGUAACACCGCAAAUGCAAUCAGAUAUUGAAGAAAUCACAAAGUUUGAGAUGUUCCUUGCUCAGUUUAUGACAUCAGCUGAUGAGCGACGUGACUAUUCAAAGGUCUACAAGAAGAUGACCCUGUACGAGCUUCAACUCAUCUCAGGAAAUAUUAAUUGGUAUAAACUAUUAAGUGGCCUAGUCAAUCGUAAUCUCAGUUCAGACGAACUGAUUGUUGUUUUCGAUAUAAAAUUUAUUCGAAAUCUUAAUGAUUUCAUACCCAAAUUGCGACCAACGAUGCUUCAGAAUUAUAUCGUUUGGCGGGUUAUCUAUGAACUGAUGCCUUAUUCAUCCAAAGAAUGGAGAGAUAGUUACAACAUUUUCCAUGAAGGGACGAAAUCGGACAAACCUCGAUGGGAAGAGUGUCUCGAUUACAUGAUGGACCAGGGGAUGGACGUCGCUCUCUCAAGUCUCUAUGUCAAGAAUCAUUGUGAUCCGGAAACAAAGAAAAUGGCUACCAUGGCUUUCCAGUAUAUUAAAGAUGAAUUUGUUGGGAUUCUUGAAAGUAUUGAUUGGAUGGGAAAUGAAACCAAAUUAAUGGCGUUGAAAAAGGUCAAAUCAAUGGACGCGUAUAUCGCUUACCCUGAACAGAUACUGAAUCAAACGUUGGUUGAUCAGUUUUAUGAAACUCUAUCAAUUGAUACCAACGAUUUUUCAGUGAACAUUUUGAAUCUAAAACGUUGGAACAAAGAACGAGAUCUCAGUCAAUAUGGACAAAAAACUUCUCAAAUUUGGUGGAAACAAAGUCAACCGGCGAUCGUCAAUGCUUUUUAUAAUCCAUUGGAAAAUAAGAUUCAGCUUCCAGCCGCUUUACUACAGGGAGUGUUUUUUGAAAAGGAUCGACCUUAUUACCUUAAUUUUGCCUCUUUCGGGUUCUUGAUCGGCCAUGAGAUCACCCAUGGGUUUGAUGAGAGAGGUAAACAGUUUGAUGAAACGGGAAAUCUUCAGGAUUGGUGGGAUUCUGAGACCGAUUCCAAGUUUCGUAAAAAAAUUCAAUGUAUGAUUGAUCAAUAUGAUAGUUAUUACGUUGAUGAACUGAAUAUAACUCUUAGUGGUGAUUUGAGUAAAGGUGAAAACAUGGCUGAUAAUGGUGGACUCAAAUUAGCGCUCAAGGCUUAUGAAUCCUGGUCAAAAGGACACCCACAAGAACCACCGCUUCCUGGAUUAUCAUUCACUCCUGAUAAAUUGUUCUGGAUCGGAGCUGCAAAUUUUUGGUGCGAGAAACAAAGUAAAUUAGCUCUACAAAAUCAAUUACUCCGUGACGAACAUAGUCCAGGAAAAUUCAGAGUAAUCGGCCCAAUGUCCAACAUUCCAGAAUUUUCGGCAAGUUUCAAUUGUCCGUUAGGAUCAACGAUGAAUCCAAUUCGAAAGUGUUCAGUUUGGUGAAGAUAGAAAAAAAAACCAAUUGAUUCACAUGAAGACAAAAUGAUCAACCAUUGUCACCAUCUUAAUGUAAACCCUCAUGAACUUUGAUUAACUUGAUUGUAUUUACGAUUUUCAAAUUAAAUGAAUCAAACACUUCUCGCUACUAAA